CCUCUUCCACUCCUCCUCUCCCCCCCGCUCCGCUGGAAGAAAAACCAUUCCUUGAUCCAGAUUCCGCUCCGGCGCGCGCCCCCAGCCCGCUCGCUCGGCCCCGCCGAUCCGCGCAAACCCUAGGAGGAGUUCCGCCCCGCCGCGGCGAAUUCGAUCGCGAGGUCGGUUACUUUGAUCCCAAGAAUUCGCGCGGCAGGCUGGGCGGCGGAGCCGAAUCGGAUGGCGUAGGGGCGGGGGAGGAGAAAAGGCGUCUUCUUCCUCGCGUCCGGCCAUGCAUCUGUCGAUAUGGAAGCCGCUCUCCCACUGCGCGUCGCUGCUCAUGGACAAGAAGCACCGCCCGCCGCGGUCGCCGGCGUCGGGGGCGGGGGCGGGCUCCGGCGGCGGGCGGCGCCUGCAGGAGAGCAAGCUGCGGGAGGCGCUGGAGGAGGCGUCGGAGGACGGGUGCCUCACCAAGUCCCGCGACGCCGCGCUCCUCGACGCCGCCGGGGAGGACGAGGCCGGGGGCGCCGUGGGCCGGUCCCGGUCGCUGGCGCGCCUCAACGCGCAGCGCGAGUUCCUGCGCGCCACGGCGGUGGCCGCCGAGCGCGCCUUCCUGUCGCCCGACGCGCUCCCGGCGCUCGCCGACGCGCUCGCCACGUUCCUCUCCAUGUACCCCAAGUACGCCUCCUCCGAGGACGUGGACCGCCUCCGCGCCGGCGAGUACCCGCACCUCGACAAGGUGUGCCUCGACUACUGCGGCUUCGGGCUCUUCUCCUACCUCCAGAGCUGCAACGCCGCCGACUCCUCCGUCUCCUUCACGCUCUCCGAGAUCACCGCCAACCUCAGCAACCACGCGCUCUACGGCGGCGCCGAGAAGGGCACCGCCGAGCACGACAUCAAGAACCGCAUCAUGGACUACCUCAACAUCCCCGAGUCCGAGUACUGCCUCGUCUUCACCGUCAGCCGCGGCUCCGCCUUCCGCCUGCUCGCCGAGUGCUACCCCUUCGCCACCAACAAGCGCCUGCUCACCAUGUUCGACCACGAGUCCCAGUCCGUGAAUUGGAUGGCUCAGUCCGCCCGGGACAAGGGCGCCAAGGCCUACUCUGCCUGGUUCAAGUGGCCCACCCUCAAGAUCUGCUCCACCGAGCUCCGGAAACAGAUUGCCACCAAGAAGCGGCGACGGAAGAAGGACUCUGCUACUGGGCUCUUCGUGUUCCCGGUGCAGUCCAGGGUCACCGGAGCCAAGUACUCGUACCAGUGGAUGGCAUUGGCGCAGCAGAAUAACUGGCAUGUUCUGCUGGAUGCCGGAGCAUUGGGGCCAAAGGACAUGGACUCGCUGGGGCUGUCGUUGUUUCGGCCAGACUUCAUCAUCACAUCGUUCUACAGGGUGUUCGGAGCUGAUCCGACAGGCUUUGGCUGCUUGCUGAUCAAGAAGUCGGUCAUGUCGUGCUUGCAGAGCCCCAAUGGUGGGACGGGGGCGGGGAUGGUGCGGAUUCUGCCGGUCUUCCCGCAGUAUCUGAGCGAUUCGGUCGAUGGGUUUGAUGGUGUCCUGGAUGGACUUGAGGAUGAUACCAUCAUUCCAGUUGAAGAGGAGUCAGCGACAAGCAAUAGUAACCAUGCAUCUCAAUUACCGGCGUUUUCAGGCGCAUAUUCCUCAGCUCAGGUGAGGGAGGUGAUUGAGAGCGAAAUGGACCAGGAUAGCUCAGAUAAGGAUGGCGCCAGCACGAUUUAUGAGGAGAAUGAGAGCGUCUCUGUUGGCGAGGUGAUGAAGAGCCCUGUAUUCAGCGAGGAUGAGUUGUCAGAGAGCUCCUUCUGGGUUGAUUUGGGCCAUAGCCCACUCGGUUCAGACCAUUCAGAACAGUCGGGCAAGGGGAAGCUGGGAUCUCCAUUGCCAGCUUCCUGGUUUUCUGGUUCGAAAAAUGCACGCAAGACAUCGCCAAAGGUAUCAUCAAAACUGGCAAGGAGCCCUAUUCAUGAUAACCAUGUGUCCUUCGAUGCAGCUGUGAGGUCAGUAUCACAUGAGCAAGAUCAUGUGAAGGAAAUUCCAGAGGAAGAUUGCUCAUAUAAUGGCAAGGUCAGUGAGAUUGAAGAAUAUCAAGAUGGUCAUGAAAACAAGAGGUACGUAAAGUUCUCCUGCGCCAAUGGCGCCACAGAAGGCAGUUCGGCGUCUGUUUUCGGGGGUUAUGCUGCAAAUGGGAAUGGCUCCACUUCAGAGAUUUGCUCGGAAAACCAGGUUGAAGCUAAAGACAGUGCCAUCAGAAGGGAAACAGAGGGAGACUUCCGUUUAUUGGGAAGGAGGGAGGUACCCAAUAGCAGAUUCAAUGGUGGUAGGCUCUUUGGAGCGGAAGAAGCAGAACGAGUGUCAAGUAUGGGGCGCAAGGUAUCAUUCACCAUGGAGGAUAGCAGGCUCUCCCGUAAUGCGGAUGCUGGGGAGACAUCUGGAUAUGCAGUGGCAGAAGAAGAUGAUGAUGAUGAUGAUGCAUACAGCGACUAUGAUGAGAUUCAGGAUGGUAGGCGAGAACCUGAAAUUAUCUGUAGGCAUCUUGAUCAUGUGAACAUGCUAGGUCUUAGUAAGACAACACUAAGGUUGCGUUACCUGAUCAAUUGGUUGGUGACCUCACUGCUGCAGCUUCGAUUGCCUGAUUCAGGAGAUGGUGAUGGGGUAUCCCUUGUUUAUAUCUAUGGCCCAAAAAUCAAAUAUGAACGAGGAGCAGCAGUUGCAUUCAAUAUAAAGGACUGCAACACUGGAACUUCACUGAUCAAUCCUGAAACUGUACAGAAAAUGGCAGAGAAAGAAGGCCUCUCUCUGGGUGUCGGUUUUCUCAGUCAUAUACGCCUCAUGGAUAACCAGAAACAUGGGGUGGCCGAUGUAGGUCUCAGCUCUUCCCUUUGUCGGCCUACGUCAAAUAGCCGGCAGGAGAAGAAAAAUAGCAAGAAUGCUAUAGUGGGGAUUGAAGUUGUUACUGCUUCUCUUGGGUUCCUUACAAACUUCGAUGAUGUCUACAGGUUGUGGGCAUUUGUUGCGAAAUUUCUGGACUCAUCAUUUCUUGAGCAGGAGAGGCUAUCGUCGAUUCCGGAGGAUGCAGAAAGAUAGUGUUUAGAGUUAUUUCAGUUGUGGCUUUUGCAGCACUUAGAGAAUUCAGUUGUGGCUAUUGCAGCUACUUUAUAAAUACAGAAGGAAGGUGGUGGCGACUGUGUAAUUGUGAAGAGGGUGGAAGAUGAGAUGUCAAGGCGCUUUUUGCCUAUAGCUUUUGUAUCCCCAAAAAUGUCUCCACUUGGCAUGAAUGGUUAAUACAUGGUGGUGCGGCUGGUAUAUUUCUUCAUUCUUCUUUUUCUCCCCUUUCUAGGUUUGCAACUUUUUUGCAUGUAGAUUCUGCUGGAUAUUCAUAUGUACCACCUAAUUAUUUGAUGAGGCAUCAUUUCCAUGUACUUGUUUGUAAAGUGGUGGCUCCAUUGGCCAUGAAGUACGCUUGCUUGUA